UAAUAGUUGCGGUAGCUAGUCUCUCCCGUGGAUGAUGUUUGUUGUUCAAUUCAUAAUGUGUUUUAACAUUAAUUUCCCUCUGCACUACAAUGUUCUUUUGAACCGAGACACUUUCUCCUUUUCUUUUGGCAUUUAACAUAUUAUAUGCUAGUCUUUAUAGAGAUUCCUUACACAUAUAUUUUUCUAUAUCAGUUUUAAGGUGGUAGUAGAAACCCUAGUUCGCCCUUUGUCUGAUGCAGUUGUGGAAACAUGAUCGCCAAACUAUGCUUCUGCUUACCUGUGCGGCGCAACCUGUUUCUCAAAACCGUAACACAUUUUCGCUUUAAUUUCUCAAUUCUUGCAGAGAGUAAUGCUAAUGUUAGCAACAGCAAUGGCCCUUCAGGAAAUCUCUUCCUGCACUUCGUUACCACCAGAUUUAACAUGUCUUCAGCCGACGCCGCAAAAUUGUUGAAAAGUGUGCCUUCGUUGGGGCGGCUCAAAACCCUGGAUAAGGUUGAACAGCUCGUGAACAUGCUCAGCAGACACGGAUGCACCGAGGAUCAAAUUGCAUACAUAAUCAGAUUGCAGCCCUCGCUAAUGAUGACAGGUGCAGAAAGAUUGCUGGAGCCUAAGAUUCAAUUCCUAAUAGAUUUGGGCAUGGAUAGGAAAUAUAUACCCAAAAUUGCAACCAAGUUUCCGAGGAUGUUGACCUCUAAGUUGGAGAUCCUCCGCUCCAACCUUGAAUUUCUCAAGACCGUAUUCACGACCAACGAUUUUCUGGUCAGAGCAAUUAUGAGAACCCCCAAUAUUCUUUGCUUGAGCUCGCAUAAGGUCUUGAAACCCUCGGUUGCUUUUUGGGAGGGUUUAGGUAUUUGUGGAAUAAAGCUCACAAAGUUUUUGCUGUAUAAUCCUCGGGUUUUGACGGUCACUUCUCUGACCCCCGAGCAACUCGAUCUGAUCCGCAAGAUUGGCAUUCAAAAGGAAAGCAGUAGGUACAAAUAUGUUGUGAGCGUUGUGGCCACAGGCCGCAUCGAAGUGUUAGAGGCCAAGAUAGACAAUAUUCAGCUCUGCGGCUUCUCUCUUGAAGAAGCUUGGCAAUUAGUUAGGAUUUUCCCUUCAGUCCUCAGCAUGGCCGAGGAUAGCUUUAAGAAAACGAUGGACUUCAUGCUGAAUCACAUGCGACUCUCUAUGGACUUCGUGACAAAGCAUCCACGGAUGUUUACAAUGAGUUUGGACAACGUAAUGAGGCCCCGGUUUUUGGUUUUGCAAAAUAUGACAGCAAUGAAUGGAGCAGGGGAGAUUAAGCCGACACGAAUUUAUUCUGUGCUGUUGAUGACCGAGGCCAAGUUUAUUGCCCAGAUCAUACAAGGACAUGCUGAAUCCGCUGCUCUGUUGACAGUUUAUAAAAACGCCAUCGCUAAUGUUUCAAGAAGCUCAAAGAUAAGGAUGUUUUCAGUUUCUUAGUAAUUGAUGUGUUUUGAUAUGCAAAUCAAAUUUUGAUAUUGUUCAGUGAGAUGUUUUUGAUUGUAAUAUUGCUAUUAAUAUUUAACUGUCUAGUUUUUUUAUUUGUUAAAAUCAGAAGAUUUAAGUAACCACCUCAAUACAUGGUAUUGGCGAUCCUGACCCUGUUUUCCCAUGAAUUGGGAUUGUAAUUGUUUUUCAAUCAAAAUAUGGCUAUAAAGUUUUAGAUCUAUAUAAUGACCA